CGGGAUAAUUACGUGACGUCAUUUUACAAUAACUGUUGGCCUUGUGACAAUGAAUCGUCUUUUUGGUCGUUCGAAACCAAAGGAGCCGCCUCCAAACUUGACAGACGCUGUUUCUAAAGUUGACAGCCGCGUUGAGUCAUUGGAUAAGAAGAUUAGUAAGUUGGACGGUGAGCUGGCGAAGUAUAAGGAUCAGAUGAAGAAGAUGAGGGACGGACCAUCAAAGAAUAUGGUGAAACAGAGGGCACUGAAAGUUCUCAAGCAGAAGAGAAUGUAUGAGCAGCAGCGCGAGAACAUGGUUCAACAGUCGUUCAAUAUGGAGCAAGCCAACUAUGCCAUACAGACAGUAAAAGACACCAAAACGACGGUUGAUGCAAUGAAGUUAGGUGUGAAGGAAAUGAAGAAAGAAUUCAAGAAAGUUAAUCUCGAUGAAAUAGAGAAUGUUCAAGACCAACUUGAGGACAUGAUGGAAGAAGCCAAUGAAAUACAAGAGACGUUGGGUAGGGCUUAUGGAAUGCCUGAAGAUAUUGAUGAGGAUGACCUUGAAGCAGAACUCGAUGCAUUGGGAGACGAUCUUGCACUAGAUGAAGACCAAUCAUAUCUCGACGCAGCAAGCGCUCCUGCAGCUCCUGUAGGUCUGCCAUCGGAAUCUGAACCGAGAGGAUCAAGAACGGCAGAAGGCGUACGCGUCGACGAGUUUGGUCUCCCCGAGUUACCCGCAUCCUAACAUCUUCAAUCUCAAUACAACUUACUCACAACAAUUACUACAGUAACGAGCAUUAUGUGUAGGCACUAGAAUGAGUAGUCUGUGUAGCAUCAAACUUUUAGUCUCUCUCUUUCUGUAGUCAGUCUCAUGCCAUGGUAUGCACACUGGAUAUGAUUUAAUUAAUUAAUUAAUUAAUUAAUUUUAAAA